UGGCCGGAGCUCGGCUGCGGCGGCUACGUGACCACCGGUGAGUGGGUGCCGCCCGCCGGGUUCGAUGGUCCUCCAGGCUCUCGUCGUGGGGGGACGACUACGCACCCUGGACCGCCAGAGGGGCGCGGAAGGGGCUGUGAAUCCCGCCGCCCCUGCAUACCUCACUUUUCCCGCCGGGACAGUGGAUCUGCGGAUACCCCUGUGCCGGGGCGGCGCGCUGGGCUCCGGCCGCCAGAGCUGCUCUUGUUGUCGCUGUUGUUUAGAUUGGGGUUUGUGAUCACAAGAGUUUGAAGAGGGAGUGGGAGCCAUAUCACGGUCCCUGGUAAUGGAAGAGGACCAGUUAAAAAUGCAGGUUCUGAGACCCUGUAGCCCCAGAGGACCUAAAAGACCCUGGCCUCCUCCACUUUCGUUUUCCAGAGUUUCUUCUAAUUUAAAGCCGAUUGCUGUGGAAAAUCAGUUUGGUGGUUCUUUGAUAAGUCGAACCCAGAAUUUCCACAUGACCCAGCGAUUCCACUCAGCCCCCAGACUCAGCCACCAGGCCCCCAUCACCUUGGACAGUGAAGGAAUGGCCACCCAGCUGCUGGCUGAUGAGGCCCUGGGCCUAGUGGCCUUCAAAGAUGUGGCUGUGGACUUCACCCAGGAGGAGUGGCAGCAGCUGGAGCCAACUCAGAGAGAUCUGUACCGUGAUGUCAUGCUGGAGAACUUCCAGAACCUGAGCUCACUGGAUUUGGAAUCCUGGCCUGACAGGGACGUCCCAGAGGCAGCCGUGCCUGCAGGAGAGCCUCCUGGGUUGGCCCUGGCCGAGAUGGGAGAGGCCGAGGGGGCGGCAGGAAGGGCCACUACAGAACAGCCCCGAGAAUCCCAGCCGGGAAUUUCAGAAGGGGGUGCCUCCCGCAGUGGCGACCAGUGGCCCCUGGACUGGGAGGGUCCCUGCGGAGCCCCUGGCGGUGCGGAGCCCUGUGUGUGCAGCCAGUGCAGGGAGACCAUCGUGCAGCGGGCCGACCUGGCACAGCACCAGCACAUGCACGCCCGAACAAGCCAUUUGCGUGCAGCCAGUGCAGGAGGCGCUUCGGCGGGAAUGCCAGGCUCAGCGUGCACCCACACAUGCACUUGGGGGAGAAGCCAUUUACAUGCGCUGAGUGUGGCAAGGCCUUUAGCCAGCAUGCCAACUUCACAGUGCACCGGUGCAUCCACACGGGCAAGCGCCCCUACCACUACGCCCAGUGUGGCUGGGCCUUCAUGCAGAACAUGCAGCUGGUCCAGUGCACACACACCAAGUGGCCCUAGAGGGGUGGCGACUGCAGCAGGGUCUUCAGCUCUGUCACCAGCCUGGUGGACCACCAGCAUAUCCACACUGGGGAGAAGCCCUUGGCGUGCGAUGUGUGUGACAAGCACUUCAGCAAAAGCUCGUCCCUGCUCGGGCACGAGCGGGCCCCCAUGGGCGCCCAGCCCCAUGCAUGCCAGGUGUGUGGGAAGGCCUUCCGAAAGAAAUCCGACCUGGUCAACCACCACCGCACGCACGCUGGCAAGGGUCCUUCAAGUGAACGCAGCAAGGCAUUCACACAGAGCAUGACCCUGGUGGAGCACCAAAAGACACGCACCAGUGAGCGCGCGUACCUGUGCCCACAGCGUGGGAAGCGUUUCAGCAAGCCCUGUGUGCUGAUCCUGCACAAGAGGAUCCACAGCAGCAAGAGACCCUUCCGCUGCGCCGACUGUGGCAAGGCCUUCAGCCAGAACGUGCAGCUCGUGGUGCACCAGCGCAGCCACAUGGGCAAGCUGCCAUUCCGGAGCAGUGCCUGUGGUAAGGCCUACAGCCAAAAGGACUACUUUACAGUGCACCGGUGGAUGUACACCGGAGAGAGGCCCUUUCGCUGCCAGGACUGCAGCAAGGCCUUCAGCCAGAAGGCGCACCUAUCCACCUGCAGAUCCACACAGGUGAGGAGCCCUACCGCUGCAUUGAGUACAGGCGCAGCUUCUGGAGGGUGUACUUCCUUUUCCAGCAUCAAGUCAUCCACAGUGAUGAGAGGCCCUUCCAUUGUGGCAUGUGCGGCAAGGCCUUUAUGCGCAAGGCCACGCUGGUGCAGCAUGGCCGCAUCCACGCCAGCGACAAGCCCUAUUUGUGCGGCAGUGCAGCAAGGCCUUCCAGCACCAGCCCAUGCUGGCAGCGCACCGGAGAAUCCACACCAGGCCUGCAGCAAGACCUUUGGGCACAUCACGAACUUCACGUGCCACCAGAAGACCCAUGUGGCCGGGCAGCUGGGGAGAAGGCCUUCCCCUCAGGUACCCAACAGCUGAGUCCGGGUGAUAGGCCUCAUUGCCAAGUGCCAGCCUUCUUUCUCUUUAGACUUGACUUAGGGAUCCUAAGGGAUGCCUCUGAGGCUGAUGCCACAUUCCUGAGAACCUGGCGAGGAUACGUGACAGCAGGGCCUGCCUUAUGGGUGCAUAACCCAUGCAACCACAUAGGAUGACCAUGUGUUUCAUGCUGUGCUGUCACCACCUUGAAUUGGCUAAUCCAAGGGAAGAGAUCAGACCAGGAGUUGAGAAGCCACAACCCACAGAGCCAGAAGACCUGCCUUUGCAUGACCUACAAGGCAAGAAUGGAUUUUACCUUUUGGAACGGUUGUUAAGAUCAAAUGAAAAGAGCAUGAGACAGAGAGCUCCUCUGGCCCACAAAGGGUAAAAUAUUGACCAUUGAGGCCUUCACAGAAAUUUUACCAACCACUGGACAUCAACCAAGAGUAACCUGUAGGAACUCUGAACUCUCUUUCACCAUACUAUGGCAGGGUCCCUGCUUGGUCUCACUGUCUCCUUCCCUGGUCCUCUCUGGGUGGGCUCCUCCACAUCAAGUGGCGGGAUUCUGAGAUGGGAUGGCUUCGCUUCUUUCAUCUCUAUGCCCUCCUGUGGGCCAGACCAGCUGCUGCCAUUGGUCCUGAUUCCCACCAGUUGUCUGUGUACCUGGCACUUAAUCGAGAAUAGAAUAAAUGUGAUUCUCUGUUCA